CUUCCGAGCAGUUUACAUUCUAUUUUGCGGUUCGAUUUGUUCGUUUACUCGAUUUUGCUUCUGUUUGGACUAUUUUUAACGUAUUCCGCAGGGUAGGUUCCUAGGGAGUUUCAAAAUGAAUGAGGCAAGCUCCAAGUUUUUGCUGAACUGGAUCAACGCAAAUGCUUCAAGCGAAGAGGAGAAAGUCCAGAAUAUCACAGAUCCGGGCAGCAAAAACCUUUUGCUCAAGAUUCUUCAUCUAAUUGACAAGGAAACACUCAAAGAUCUUCCAGGUGGCAGUGAUGAAUUCCAACUUGAACAAGUAUUGUCUCUGAUUAUCUCCUACCUUAAGGGAUUUCACCGCCAGGACUUUUACUCUGUUAUAAAUGAAGAUUAUCUCAGGAACAGAAGUGAACUAGAAAUAGCAAAGGUUAUCACUCUUUUACUUUGUGGAGCAACACAGUGUGAUAAUGUAGCUGUGUUUGUGGAUCAGAUUACUAAAAUGGAUGUUGAAGAUCAGUUCAGUUUUAAAUUCCUGAUUGAAUCUGUGUUUACUGACAUGGAACAAGGUUUUCUUACAGCUGAAUCCUUUGCCACUAUUUUAAGCAAACAAGUGAAUUUAUCAGAAUGUCAAAAAUUAGACCUUGAUUCUGAUCAUGUGCCAUCACCUUUAACUGUUCAGUCACCAGUGGAGGCUUUUUUCACCAAUUCCCCUUUGAAAUCUCUUGUGGGAUCUCCACAGUUACGCAGCAAACAAAAUCAGUUAAUGCUGAACAAGCUACAACAGAAAGUUACAAAGUUGCAAGCCUCUUUAGACUCACAGGCUCAUUUGCAGAGUGAUUUAGAGGCUGAGGUUACAGAAAAGAACAAGGAGAUUGAUGCAAGAGAUGCCACAAUCUUAAAAUUGCGAAAAGAGAUCACAAAACUACUAUCUUCAGCUGAUGAACUGGAACUUAUGAGGCAUUUCAAAGAUGAAUACGAAAAGGCCGACAAAGAGAACGCCAGGUUAAAGCAAAAGGUGGUGGAACUGCAGACAUUCAAGCAACAGUGUGGAGAUCUUGAGCAGAAAGUUACCAACUUUAUACAAGAAAAGGAACAGUUUGAAAAAGAGAGAGAAGAAACGGAUCGUUUAAAAUCCAUUGUUGACCGCUACAAGAAUAAGAUUCAUCAUAUGGAGUUUAGAACAGGUGAACUGGAGGCCACAUUGAACAGGAAAGAACAGAUGAUUGCAACGCUUCAGAAAGAUUUGGAAGAGGCGUUUAGUGCUGCAUCAAAAUCUACCGAAUUGAGGAUGGAGAGGCAGAGGUCAAAGGCGCUUGAUAAUGAAGAGCUCAGGGAAAGUGAAGACGAAUCAUCAAGACGACAUGCUCCGUUGGCAGCAGUUAACAUCGACAGCAGAGUUAUUGAACUAGAAAUAGAGAAAAAUCGCUUGGAGUCUCGACUGUCCACGGCAGUUAACCAAGAAGAAUACCUAGCUUUAAAGGAGACUUUGGAGGACACCAAGAAAGUGCAGACCUCUUACAAGGAAGAGUUCGUAGCCGCUAGAAGCAGGAUCCAAGAACUCGAAGAUCAGCUGGCAGUCGAAGUCCAAAAAAGUGAACAAAAGGAAGAACAGCUCAAAAAUAUACAAGAACACUGUUUCCAAGAGGUAGAAGAACUGAAGUCAGCUCUGUCGAGAGAACACUCGCUUAAAGCAGAAAUUGCCGAAGAGCUUGACAUCAGAGAAAAACGACUGCAAGAGACAACUAUUGAGAUACGAGCCCUGACGAGUUUGAAAGCUGGUUUGGAAGGCAGCCUUCAAACCAGCAAUGCCCGGGCCCAUGACAACCAGUUAAAAUAUGACAAAGAGAUAACUUUGGUGAAAAAAGAGGUAGAGGAACUCACCAAACAGCGACAGCGUUUCGAGGAAGAACUGGAGAAUAGAUUACAGCAGAUUCAAGCUUCGGAGAAAGAACGGGAUCAAGUUAGAGAGGCUUACGAGAAGAUGCUAGCAGACUUAAAAAGCGAGUUGGACUCCAAGAUCGUCAGUAUGGCACAAGAAAAAGCCGCGGUUGCUUCUGAGUUCCGUUCAAAAACUAACCAAUUCGAGGAGGAGUACGAGAAGAUGAAGGAGGACUUUGCCAACAAACAGAAAGCCAUGCUGGAAGAAGCCGAAAGAAACGCCGCAAAAAUCCGGGAGGCUUGCGACGCAGAACGCUUCGCUUGGAAGAAGAAAUUUGAUCAACUGUCAGAGGAAGCGACGAAUACAAGAAGCGAAAUGUUUGAAAAUUCAAAGAAACACUCGGAAGAAUUGAUCGAAGUGCGAAAGAAAGCCCUAGAAGAAGAAGAACGGUUGGACGAAGAAGCCAGGAAAACCAGAGAGGACAACGUUCACUUGAAGAAUCAGCUUCUGAAAUCUAGAAGCAUCAUUGCUGAGCUGGAGUUGGAAGUGAAAGGUUACGAAACGGCCAAGAAGGAACUGGAAUCGGAGCGCAAGAAAUGUUUUGAGCUGAAAGGCAAAUGCGAGAGUUAUGUUAAUAGAGUGGAGGAACUGGAAGCAAGCGUUGAGUUGCUAAGGAAAGAAGCAGAAACAGAGAAAGAACUAACAAGGAACGAGAUACGUCAAUUAGAAGAAGCCAAACAAACUGAAGUAAACGUUGUUCAAGAGGUGCUUGAAAGCUUGAAGACGGAUUACAGCGAAUUAGAAAUGAAGAGACAACAGGAGGGUGAAGCGCUAGCAAAAUUGGAAAAGGAUUACAGUGAGUUGGAAAAGAAAGGGAAAGAAGAAAUAGACAAGAUUAUCGGAGAGGCAAAAGAAACAAAGGGUGAAUUAUUAUUACGGGUAAAUGAACUGGAAGCUAAAUAUGGCGAAAAGGUUAAACAAGUUGAAGAACUUGAUUUGUUGUUGAAGGAAACGUUGCAAACGAAAGAGGACGCAGUUAAUGAAGUGAAAAAUUCUGAGGCUAAAUGGGAGAGCAAAGAGAAGGCACUACUGACGAAGAUAGAGGAGCUGAAGCGUACUUCUAAGGGAAUGAAGGAGACAGAGAAAGCGUUUGCAGAGCUUAAAGAUCACAUGCGGGAAUUACAGGCUGAGAAAGAUCAACUGGAGCAGAAAGUCGAGGAAGAAACUCUUAUCAACAGACGGCUUGGUACAGAAGUGCAUUCUAUGGAGGCACAGCUGGCUCAUGCUGACAAACAAAUACGAGAACUUAGAAAAACAUCAGGAGAGUUUAAGAGUUCCACAGAGUCGCCCAGAAGAAAGACCAUAGGCGGGGAAAGACCGCAAAUGUACGCUCGACAAGAUUUUUUCGAUGAGGAUAGUUCUACUGAUACUGACGAAGGACCACCAUUGAAGCUAGCUGAUUUUGCAAGCUCUGUCGAGGGAAGCAUGAAAGCACCUACACUCCCAAGCAAUGCUUUCAAUCAGUUAAACAGAUCUCUCAACACUCUGCACUCGGCCUCAAGUUCAAGCCUGAGGGCGGGUGUUCAGACUCGUGCCAGUCGCCGGCAGAGUGCUAUUUACAUGCGCGGUAGCACCCCACCUGAAAAGCGCACCACAAACAGUGCUGCGUAUUUUAUCCUGGGCGAAGAGCUUGGACCGGAAAUGGAAGAUACCGAAAUGGAAUACGAUUGGGACCGACUGGCCGAGCUCCAGCGUCGGAAUGCGUCGUGCCUGCCGCAUCUACAGACAUCUUACCCGGUAGAAACUCAAAUGAACCCUGACUUCUCUGGACAAGAAGAUGCGCUCAAAACAGGAAGAAUGUCUUUGGACGCGUCACUGACCAAAGGAUUCCAAACACGCAAAAGAAAAUCAGAGGAAAGUGCGUCUAGUCUGUUUAAACCAAAGAACAGCGGUAGACCGAGUAUAGCUAAAUCUAAGUCUGCCCCCAGCAUUACCCCAGCUAAACAGCCACGAUCCCAGCGUUUUGCUACAGCAAUGCAGUCGGCAAUUGGAUCUCUUCGGUCCCGUUCAAACGAAAAUCUGCCCAAUGAUGCAGCUCCAGACGAAAGUUCUUCGCGAAGGGAAAGCAUAGCGUUUAACAUCGAAAUGUCCCCUCCAAAGAAAACGAAGACCUCGAUUGCGCGGCGUCGCACCAUUGCGCGGUCGACAGCAACAAGCUGCCUGUUAGAUGAGGGAAGCAGACGCUCCUUAAAGAAAACAAAGUCCCAGAAUCUGGUUACAAGCACGGUUAAGGAUAGAAAGCCGCUUAGACCGCGCGACUUGAAAAGAAAUGCAAAAUAACACUGCAGAACUUUGUAAGGAGAGGAAAGUGGAUUGCACAGUUUGAAAGAGCAAAACCACACGCCCAGCACGCAGUGGUAAAAACGCAUGUAGAGGCUGAACGCACAAUAAUUUAGAAAGACAUUUUGGGAUUCUCCUUAAAUUACGUAAGGAAGUAACGACUCAUUUUGAGCAAUUGGAAAAUACAUGACCUUAUGUUAACAUAUGAAAACUAUUUUGAGACGUUUUGAUCACUUUUUAGAAAAACAAAAUUGUUAGGACACGUCAAACCGCUUGUCUUUUCACAAGUUUUACGUAAGUGCGAGUGCCAUGUCUGGAUUCGCACGUUUCGAAUGGGACUCAUAAUUUUAAUUUAUUGUACAUAUACUGCAUAAGUGGAAACUUGGUUGAUUUUGCGAAAGAAUUUAUACAGUUUUGUUUUGAUGGUCUGCCAUGAGUUUUCAUAGGGAUUUUUAACGUAGUAGGGGACAUUUUCAUACGUUAGGGCGGAAAAUCUGAUCAUUUCAGUUUCAUAUGGUAAUACAAAUGUUUACUUAA